CCUCCCGGGCAGUAGGGGGCGGUACCGGGAACAGGAAACAGGAGUAAAGACGCGGCAGCAGCUUCGUCAUCUCACUUUUCAUUCAUUGCAUUCGAGGCCUACGACGUUUCUGAGGACGCACAGAUCGUCACCAUGGUGAAGAUUUUUAUCGGUAACCUGGCCUGCAACGCCACGCCCGAGGAGCUGCGGGAACUCUUCGAGAAGUACGGUAAAGUCACCGAGUGCGACACAGUCAAAAACUACGGUUUCGUGCACAUGAGCAGCACCACUGAGGCGGAGGAGGCCAUCAGGAACCUCCACCAGCACCAGCUGCACGGCUGGCGCAUGAAUGUGGAGAUGAGCAAAGGGAGGCCCAAGUCCACCACAAAGCUGCACGUCAGCAACCUGGGGGACAACGUGGAUGGUGACGUCCUGAAGGCCAAGUUUGAAGACUUCGGCCAGGUGGUGGAGUGCGACAUAGUGAAAGACUACGCCUUUGUGCACAUGGAGCGAAUGGAGGACGCCAUGGAGGCGAUCGAUAAGCUGGACAACACGGCCUUCAAAGGCAAGCUGAUGAGCGUACAGCUGUCCACCAGUCGGCUCCGCACGGCCCCAGGAAUGGGAGAUCAUACCGGCUGCUAUGUCUGCGGGAAACAUGGUCACUGGUCAAAAGACUGUCAAGCCAGUCGGAACGGUAGCCACGGCGAAGGCUCAAGAGGUCGCAGCGGCCGGGGCCCCCCCCCACGCGGUCCCCCUGGUUAUGGCAGGGGCAGCUACGAGAUGGCCGCACCUCCAGAGGAUGAUUACAUGGGUGGCUCUGCGUAUAGUCGAGCUAGUUACUUAGGAGGGAUACCGCCUCCCCCUCGUAGGCUCAGCUACGGCGCCGAGAUGGGGGAUCGGUAUAGAGCACCAAGCUCCUAUCCUGAGAGGUCAUCGGCUUAUGAUCGUGACCGCAUCUAUAGCAGUGUUGACUACUAUGAGAAGUACAGAGCUCGCCCUUAUGGCACCAGCUAUUUCGAGGAUCGUCGCAUGUCCUAUAUCCCCCCUCCCCCUCCUCCCUCUUCCUCCCUCUCAAAGCUUUCAUCCGGUUUAGAUCCAUACGAUCGUCGGCCUCUUCCUCCUCCUUCUCCGGCCUCCGCAGCUGCAGCGUACUAUGCACGAGACCGCAGCCCGAUCAGACGUGUGCCCAUCCCCGCCGCGGCGUAUGGCUACGAGCGAACACGCCUGUCUCCAGUGCCGGCCCCCAGAAGCUCCUACCCUGCUCCACGGCCCAAGGACCAUUACACACCGCGUUACGCGCCUUACUGAAGACACAGUGUCAAGGUUUGUUUGUGAACUGCAGGAUAUCUCCUUCCCUAUCAAUACUCCGAGCUUCAGGGUUCCAUCUGAAAAGCAUAAAGAUCCAGAAAUUCAGAUUUACAGAGAUCUUCAGGCAGCUGAGACACCAGCUGCCAGCGGAUAAAUCGUCCCUUCAGUCGCGUGAUAGUUUGCAAACUGCGUUGACACUUAUGAUGUAUAAAACGAUACUCUUCUCACUCUUUUCGCAGCUUUCUUUUCGGAUUUUAGACAUGGCUUUAUUUUGUUGUAUCUGUUUCUUCCUUACAUGAAGCAAACUGUAACUCUCAGAAAGUGAAUUGUUUGGCUUCUUUUUGUCACAGAGAUGAAAUGUUUUCGUUUCAUCCAUAUAUGUGAGCAUUUAAGUUUUGUUUUGAUUGAGAUGCGGGUGAACUCAUGCCGGUUUGAAUCUUCUUUACAGACACAGAUCUGAGGUCGUCUUAGUUCUAGGGACAAAAACUAACCCGAGUGUUUCAUUACUUAAAAUCAUUAAUUAACACUUUCUGUGUUUCUGCUGAACUGAGGUCAAGACUUUUGAAAUAAAAGUGAAGCAAGGCGACACCAAAACAAGAAUAUGUCCGACAUGAUUCUGAUUCUGACAUGAAAAGUCAUACUAAGCAUUAACAUGUUGAAUUUGUGUUUCCUCGCUUCAACCCGUCAUGUUUCAGUUCUCGUCUGGGAUGAGCGUCUCUAAUAUCGUUGAUUAAACAGACGUGAGGCAGGACUCAGGGCUCAGGGUCUGUGAGAGUCAGGAGGCACCUGUGUUUUGUUGAAGGUGCCUUUGUUUGUUUUGCAAAUAUAAAGGUGGAUUUGAAGUUUGUAUUUUUCAUACUAGCUGUACAAGUACCAGCACACAUUAAAAUCUCAAAUGAAAGUGAUUUUUAAUAAAGCCAAAGUUAUUUUGGUGUCCACAGUU